GCCAACGCCAAGAUUUUAUUGGUUGACAUCGGACAACAAGAGAUGAUGUUGAUGGGAACAACAAGAAGAAGAAGAAAACAAACUAUUCGCUUAUAAAUAUGCACUGUAAGUUGGAUAAUGUCAUCAUUCGCUAGUCUGCGCUUGUCGUGAUAUCAAAUCCAAAAGUUUUGGAAUACCUCAACAAGUCGAAACAAUGAAAUUCUUUUUGAUUGCUGUCUGUGCCAUCGCCAUGGUGUCGGCUGAUGUGUCGCAUGUUGUCGGCAAUGGCUACAAUUACGACAAACCAUCUCCUGUAUUUGAUGUGCCAGCUGCUGCUCCACAAUAUUCAGCUCCUGCUCCUCAAUACUCUGCCCCUGCUCCAGCUCCUCAAUAUUCUGCUGCUGCUUCGGCUCCUCAAUACUCUGCACCUGCUCCUCAAUACUCAGCUCCUGCUGCUGCACCAUCAAGCGAAUACUUGCCCCCACAACAACAACAACAAUCAUACUCUGCACCAGCUCCAGCUCCUCAAUAUUCUGCCCCAGCACCUCAGUAUUCUGCACCAGCUCCAGCUCCCCAGUACUCUGCUCCAGCUCCCGAAUACUCCGCUCCAGCUGCUGCUCCUUCAAAUGAGUAUUUGCCACCCCAACAAUCUUUCUCGAGCUCUGCUUCAGGUUCUCAAUACUCCGCACCAGCUCCCCAGUAUUCUGCCCCCGCUCCAGCCCCUCAAUACUCUGCUCCAGCUCCUCAAUACUCUGCCCCUGCUGCUGCUCCUUCCAAUGAGUACUUGCCUCCUCAACAAUCCUUCUCUGCUUCAGCUCCUCAAUACUCUGCCCCUGCUGCUGCUCCUCAAUACUCUGCCCCCGCUGCUGCUUCUCAAUACUCUGCCCCCGCUGCUGCUGCUCCUUCCAAUGAGUACUUGCCUCCCCAACAAUCGUUCUCUGCCCCAGCUCCAGCUCCUCAAUACUCUGCCCCUGCUGCUGCUGCUCCACAAUACUCUGCUCCAGCUCCUCAAUACUCUGCCCCAGCUGCUGCUGCCCCAUCCAGCGAAUACUUGCCUCCCCAACAACAAGCUGCCCCAGCUCCACAGUACUCUGCCCCAGUUGCCGCUCCAGCACCACAAUACUCUGCUCCCGCAGCUGCCGCUCCUUCCAGCGAAUAUUUGCCUCCCCAACAGCAAGGAUCUUCUUCCUCCUCCGGCUCCAGUGGCUAUAACUACGAUGCUCCUCUCAAGCGUUUCCGUUUCUAAAUUCAUCGGCUGAGAUGGGAUGUCUAGUUUUGUGUUCCUGGAACUGCAACACACAAUCACACAACUUGCUUGUUAAAUUAACAAGUUCAUUGCACGCACACACACAUACACAUGCGAUUUUAAUUGUUUCAUAACGUUGUUUUUUGAUAUCAUGACUUAGUUUAGAUUAGAAGAAAUUUUUUAUA